UAUUAUUAUUAUAUGUGCUCCUGUAUUUUCAUUUUGUUUGGCUUGAAUUCCAAUUUUUCGCCACUCACGCUCAAAGCACCAACAGUAGUUUCCGGCUGGUCUAACAGUGUGCAGCAGCGAAGAGGAUAAGCAGAAACCAGCUCGAAGUGUACAUUAUAGUUUAAAAGAAAAUGUUGCAAUUUUUGAUGGGAUUUACUUUGGGAAAUGUGGUUGGCAUGUUCCUGGCACAGAACUAUGAGGUCCCAAACAUUUCUAAGAAGAUUGAAGAGUUCAAGAGAGACGUGGAGGCUAAGAAGAAGCCACCGGGUUCCUGAAAUGUAGAGGAUACUUCAGUCAAGAUCUGAGAGGGAUUGGGGGUGGGGGAGUGGGGAGGUUAAACAUUGAGCAUUUGUUCAGUACCUAAAUAAUGUCUAUUAAUGCAACAUUUAGAAUUAAGUAGAACUGUUAAGCAAAUGGAGAUUAUUAUUAUUAUUAUUAUUAUUAUUAUUAUUAUUAUUAUUAUUAUUAUUAUUAUUAUUUAUUUAUUUUUUUUGUAGAAAGUUCCUUGAUCAAUCAACGUAGAACCGUAGAGUAGAAUGUGGAGAAAAUGGCUCAAACCUUUGGAAAUAUUACCGCAGAAAACUGCAAGCCUAUAAACUGUUUAUCAUCAUCUGUUGGGGAUUUGGCUUUUAUUAGAUACCUUUUGCUUAGUGCUGAAGACCCAGAAACCAGGAUUCCACCUGGAUUGCAUGAACCCCUUAUUUUUACAUGUAAUUCCAGGAUAACCAUUGAUUGGUGGUUGAUGCAUUUCCCCAGUGCUGUAUUAAUCCAGUUUAUCUCAGCGAGGAAUACGGUAGGGUUGGUUAUAGUAAAUCAAGUUCAUGUCAGUGAUUUCACAGACGUGUGUAACUUCCAAACUGCUUUAAACAGCACUGGGGCAUGUCAUUGCACUUUAGAAAGUGGGGUGUGUGCGUCCUCAUUCAUAGUACACAGCACCCUGUGUGGGAGAAAUGCUGAAACUUACUGUGACAAAGCACAAACAGUGUGGGUCCUUAGUUACCAAAUAACUUUUAAACAAGUAUUUAUAAAAAAAAGUUGUUUUAAAGAAUAAACAUUAUUUUGCUGUUUUGAAAUUUUCCUUUGAUGAGUUUAUUUAUAUUUGUCUGCCAACACAGCCACUUCAACUAAUAUCUCAUUGACCAUGUGUGACCAAAAAUGGAUGCUUAGAUAGAGGCAAAGUUUGUGGGCAUCGAUCAUGUUGAAAUAACCCUGUAAGGCAGGAUUUAUACAAAGCUGCCACUGCUGCACUGCAUGCUUACCAGAGACUAUUUAAGGUUCAGAUUUAAUUUACAAGGAUAUGUAGAUGUGCUGUUGACCAUGUCAUUGACCUCUGUCCGAUCAUGGCUUCCAUAUUGAGGUCCAGGGACUUUUAAUUAUGUUUAUUCUAAGAUUUUUCUCAAGUUUUAUUAAUGAUGACUUCCAGUAAAAAUGAACACAUUGACCUCUUCUGUAUCAAUGAUACAGACCACAUGCUUUGAGAUACUGUUUUUCUGUUUCUAUUCUGACUUUCAUUCAAGUUUCAUAACUGCUGUAGUCUACAAAAAAAGAAAAAAGUUUCACUGCCAUUGUUU